UUGCCAGAACAAAGGGUAAUAAACCUAUUAUUAUAAUCGUUAGUCAGUUAUAAUUAGGGCCUUUUUUCUUCUCUAUUACGCCGAUGUGUUUUCCCAUUUCCCGUGUGUUUGUAACUUGCUUUUUUAAGAUUCCGUAGCGUCUAAGCGAUUCGUGAAUACAAAUCCCUAUCAUUCCCGCUAUUCCUUAUAAUCCCAUUCGGUCGUCUAUCAGAGAGAGAGAGGGAGAAACUCGCCGCUAUGGGAGAUGUGGAACCUCCACCACAGCCUCUGACCCACCGAUUGAAAUGGGCAUCCAGCCCAAAACGCUCAUUGGCUCGAGAAGGCCCUUUGUCUUUUGACUCGAACAAUCUAUCUAUAUAUCCAGGAGUCAUUAUUCACAGAAAGGGGCUACAAAGGGGGGCCUCUAAAACCCAAUACACGUGGCAAAUGGCGCGGCACCAACACUCGGGCACGGCGCCAAACAUGCCAGCAGGUAAGGGGACACGGACGGACCCUUUGGGAAACGGUGCCCCUCAACCCUCUCGUGCACUGCGAGAAUGCGAGAAGGAAUGAUUGAACUUUGAGCGAGCUGCCGUGUCGCAAGAAGUCCAAAUACCUCCUACAGCGGCGUCACCACACUGCUGCACCUGCAGGUCAGAGUGGUCUAACGUAGCCUCCAUCAUCUCGUGAUCCGUCAACGCUGUCUUGGAGAGUCUCUGUAUUACAGGAAUUGGUGCGGGAUCGCUACGGAACCCCGUGGGCCGAAUGCAGGAACUGGACGGGUCCCGGACAGAGGGACCAGGAUCGCCGAUGGAGGGAAGUAAGAAUGAGUUGGGACCGAGGUCAGUGGAGAUGCAGCCAGGCCGAGACGGAGAACAUUCAUCGUCGUCGCACCCCAUUGGCUGGCAAUGCCCCCGAGCCGCCGCGUGCGCCGUGGUGCUGGCUGGAUGCGGGGUGGCCCUGGCUGGUGUGUGCGCCUUGUCUCUCCUCGCCAUCCUCAAUCGACGGUCGCACCAGCAGCAGCAGCAGCAACAGUGGACCCUGCCGUGCCGGGAGCGUGGUCACCACCGGGCGAGUUGCUCCCUGGAGGUGGACACCACCGGGGCCACCCUCACCGUGACGGUGCCACGGGAUUCGGCGGAGCCUGCACUGCUCGCGAUGGACGCGCGCCACCGAGUCGUGUGCUUGAGGGAGGCGCUGAGGAGCGGGUGCGUCGUGAGGUCAAUGACCCCGCGCGAGAUGGAGUGUGUGCGUCUCACGCUGCAGCAGGUCAAUUCUACGACGCCGGUGAUGAACGACACCGCCACAGCGAGGACAGACCCUGAGCUCUACGACCAGGUGGAUGAGGAGCUGGUUUUGGGAUCCACCGUACGAGCCCUUUGUAGAGCCCGACCGCCCAGACGGGCAAACACCCACGGCGGGAAGGAGAGAUCCCUGCUGCAUUUCUGCGUGGAUCUGUGCUUCCCAACCAACACCUGCAUCACUGUCUGCCUCUACUACUCGCCGUACUUCUGACUGCUGGGAAAACAGCAAACAUCACCGACUCGCAGCUGGCGUCGGGAAGUUUGCUUUGUAAAACUACUGUUGAUUACUUGAGGUGUUGGGACCAACUGGACAUCUGUGAAAAAAUAGCUUUAUAUCAUUAGACCUCCUUUGCCAGUACCAAAAUAUAAUAAUAGGGGUUUUCCCCCUUUUUUCUGGCAACAAAACUGAAACUUUUUUUUUUACAAGGAAUCAUGUUUGUAUUAACUACAAUACCUGCAGUCAGAAUGCUUACCCCGAGCCCUCAUUACUCUGAUGGUGCGUUGUCUUUGAGUUGUGUGCCUUUUGGUGUCUUCUGGUCGAACACCAUGUGAGACUAGGCUCUAGGGAAAGCUGUCUCUGGUGUGGACCAAUCAAUUUCAAGGACAAUGCAUACAUUAUCAGAAUGUGUUUCUUUGUUUGCAUUCUGACUGCAGGUAUUGUGGUUAAUGCAAACAUGAUUCCUUGUAAAAAAAAAGGUUUCAGUUU